CUGCCUGUGACGCAGACGCUUGUCCAACACGUCGUAAUCAGCUGGUAGCAAGCGAACGGCGCAGUGAAAGUGGCGGAGGGGCAAACAAAGAAGCGAGCGAGCGAUACAGCGACAGUUGCGAAAUGAACGCCAGGGACGGCGGAGCUGCGCCGAAAUAGAUCGCGGAUCUAAACAAUCAUAUGAAAUGCCAUCGCUUCUAGAGGCCUUAGACAAAAAGUAUGGGAAGGAGGAAGAUGACACUUUGGACCUGGACGUGCCCAUAGCAAUCUACGUUCCGAAGAAAGGACCCAGAAGGUGUAUCCCGUCCCUGUUGGUGCUAAACGACUGUGAUAUUGAAUCAGCCGGAGAUGAAGACCAGCUUGGACUCAAAUGUCAUGGUGUAGAGGAGUUAGACUUGGCUCAAAACAGGCUGUCCAGAUGGAGAGAGAUCUUUGGCAUACUGCGCCAGAUGCCACGCAUCAGAUUUGUCAACUUGAGUUUCAACGACCUCCGAGAGGACCUCAUGUUCCUGGACAACAAUAAUUCUUUCCGCUUUCUUCGGAACCUGGUGCUGAAUGGCACGCGGAUCGACUGGAAGAGCGUCCGCAGCCUGCUGAAGAUUCUUCCCAGUCUGGAAGAGCUGCACCUGAGUUUGAACGAGUACAGCCACGUCGACCUGGAAGCCACCUCUCAAGUUGGCAGCAGCAACGGCAGCGCCAGCGUCGACAACCGAGAAGACCGACUGCAGCAACAGGACAGUAGCUCGCACCCUCACCCGGACCCGCAGGUGGUGCUGCGUGGCGACGUGCCGGCAUCCAGUGAUGAUGCGCCCUGCCUGCCGCCACACUACCAGUUCACUGGUGUCCGGAGGCUCCAUUUCACGGGGAACCCCAUCACACAGUGGUCGGAAGUGGCGAAGCUGGGACGCGCGUUCCCGCAGCUCGAAUCCCUCGUGUUGGCAGACUGCCCACUAGAGUCGCUCGACACGGGGACAGCAAACUUCGGUUCAGACAGCGGCUCAUCAGAGGAGAGCGAAUGCGAAUCGUGUGGCAGCAAAGUUGGAGUGGGUGAACAGCCACACACUUUUUUCCGGCAGCUGCGCUUCCUCAACCUGACGGGCACGCACCUUCGCUCGUGGCGUGACAUUGACCGGGUCAGCCGGUUCCCCCAGCUUCAGUCCCUCCGCAUUUCUGGCUGCCCACUGUUCGAGGACUACACGGAACAUGAGCGGCGGCAGCUGCUCAUCGCCCGGUUACCAAAUGUCCAGACGCUGAAUGGUGGAGGAGUCAUCAGCUACGAGGAGAGAGAAGACUCUGAACGGGCAUUCAUCCGUUACUACAUGGACAAGCCCGAAGCAGACAGACCUGAACGGUACAAUGACUUAGUAGCAGUCCAUGGGAAACUUGACCCUCUUGUCCAAAUUGAUCUCAGUCCAGAGAAAAAAGUGAAGGUGCGAGUGACCCACGGCGAGAGCAGCGAGGUGCGCAGCAUGCUGGUCACCCAGACGGUGUGCGAGCUCAAGCAAAAGCUCACCUCCUUCUGCGGGUUGACGCCAGGCCGCAUGCGGCUCUUCUACAUCGACCAAGACAUUGGCACCCCUGAGGAGAUGAUCUACCCCAAUAAGCGGUUGUACUCCUACAAUAUCAGGUCAGGGGAUGAGAUACUCAUUGAUGCCAAACUGCAGAUGCAGCUCAGCAAAUAGGGCUAUGAAGCAGCUCACACCUCUUCCGGCGAUCUUCCAGUCUCCCAGGAGGUCACGCCCCGGGGCUCACAUGGUCCGUGUUCAGAGCUCCCGUGCUGUCCCUCGGGCAUCGGCUUGUUCGCGUUUGAUUGUUUAUAUUCUGUGAGCAUAUAAUGAAUGGCUGUGGGUACUGAAAGGUUACAAUACUAGGUUACUUAACAGGGUGCAGGUCACCGAUGUAAACUACAGUGGAGACCCAGCCUGUGGGCACAUACAUAAAACAUGUAGCAUUGCUUUGGUGUCACUCUGUCCUCUGUGGGCUGUGCAGCACUUCUGCUUCAGUAUGCUGUCAGCAUUUUGUUACCCCCUGAAAAAUAUGAUCUCAGACAGGAAUCCAGUCAUACAGUAUGUGAAAAGGUGAGAAUUAAUGGACUAUAUUAGUUCUUUGGCAUCGCCAGAGGCAACAAUAGAGACUUUUCCUGUGUUCACAUGUACGAGAAAAGUCUAACCAAAGUAAUGGAUAUAUGAGCAAAGAUGGAAAUCACUUGUACAACUUGAGCUUUGUUCUUAGUUCCCUGAGUGGAUGGCAAAAAGUGUAGCUACAUUGAUCAUCAUCUCCUGUAUCAGGAUUGGUUUAGUUUGGCCCACUCAGGACAUUUUACAUAAAGUAACAAAGCUUUGGUAGAUGUUUUGGAAAAAAUACAGUGUCUCCAACAGUAGAUGCAUAGUUUGCCACAAUCAUACUGUGGGUGUUUCCAUUUACGGAGGGUGUUCUUGUAGAAAUGACCAUCUAUUUGGAAGAUGGCAGAAUAGGAAUUUGAAGCUAAAAAGUUCAUAUAGACAUAUGUUCUAUUCGGAAUGGUUACACAGAUAUUUUUAUUUAUUUAUACAUGUAGAUGCAAUUGAAGACUUGAAAUAAAAAAGACUCUAAGGGCUGAAAUUGUGAGUUUGAGGAAAAUGAAUUUUAUGUACGCUCACUAAUGUUCAUUUAAUUGCAGUAUUAAUGUGCUUUAUAUAAAAGUUAAGCAUAGUAUGAUUCUAGUUUCCAAAAGAAAUUGCAAACAUUAUAAUGUAAUUGUAUAAAAAACUGACUGAAUGUGGAAAUGCUAUGGAGAUCUCUGAGUGCACUAGUUCAAUACUCAGCAGAAAGCUAGUAAAGAGGACAAACAACUGAAACAAAAAUGUUCUUUGUUCAUACACUAAAUGUUAAUUCUGCAAUACUUUUGUAAAACUGUCUGUGGUUAUUAUUUGUCAGGUACUAUGUCAUUUCAGCCAAAUUUUUCAUUUUUCUUCAGAGACAUGGCUUGUAACAUCCAAAGCAAAUAGUUGAAUUUCCUUCUUGUGCACUCGUUUACAUUUGGUUUCAACUACAUGAGGCUUAUGUUUGUCCAGCCAUAACCACUGUACUUUGGAAAUGUUUAGUUUUGCUGUGUUUAUAUUACAGUCUGCUGCUUUCUUGAACUUUAUUAAGUCAGAUGCAUUCGUGUUACUGACCAUAAAUGGCUUUAUUUGUCUUUAUUACUGUGUUGUGUACUUUACAUCUUCUGGAACAAUACAUUUAGUACCUAUUUUUCUUUUCCGCUAAGAAGUGACACGAUACUUAUGGUUUAUUUCUUCACAAACACUGAUUAUAACUAGAUAUAUCCAGAGAAAGAGAACAUGCAGCAAUUUCAUUAGCACCACGCCCUGUCAAACCCUUGUGCCACAGAAUCAUGUAUACACCAUCGUUAUCAGUAAUUUGCACACCAAAGUUGUGCAUGAGGUAAAACAUUUGACUAGGUGUCAAAGAUGGAACGAACAGCUCUUGUUGCAAAUCAAUGGAUGUUGUACAAAUUACACUACUAGGUUUCUCAUAUUUGUUCUGUUUCAUCAUAGUCAUAGCAUUUUUGGCCAUGUGUUGAUGUAACUCCAGAUAAGCUGUCAGUUCUUUUCCUCAUGAGAGAUCCCAUUUUACACAAAGCUUCAAAAUUCUUUAUUAUGGCACUUGGAGCCCUUUUUUAUUUCAAGUCUUCAAUUGGGAUGUUAUCCCAGCAGCAACUUCAACAUUUAACUUAUAGAGUGGCACAAACAGUAUUUCGCUUACCACGUGGCACAAAUGAGAGAGACAUUUAUUUGGAUUCUUUGUGUUGCCAUGCGUGCACUUCUUUGCAUUGGCAGUAAUUUUGAAUAAUUCUAUAAUAGUAACUGAAAGUCACGAGCAACCCAUUGUUAUCACUAUUGAUUUUAAUUUUUUAAAACAAAAUAUGUACAUAAAUUUUAAUCUACAGACUUUUCUAGCACUUUUCAACACGGUCUCCAUUUUUUCGUAUACAAUUUUUGCACUGUCCAGAAAAUUCCCUUGUGGUAAAGUUGUUUUGCAUGCCAGUAGACAGUGAUUAAUUUUAGCAGUCCUUCCACUGCUGUUCUUCAAGAUGGUACCUGCCUCCUUAACUGAGUUUGUUAAUGAGUGCCUGAGUGGUACUUGACUCUGAGGUUAGCCAGUUUGAGUCCUGGCAGUGGGUGAUAUAUUCAUUGUCAGGAUUUAGCUGGCGAAAGGAGUAAAGGUGGUGGUGUACAGUUCCUGCUCGCCGGUCUUUGCACCGAGGUCACAUAUUAAAUUCCAAACCUCUCCACACUGUCUCUCAUCAAGUGAGGGCAUGUGACACUGUCGAUGGUGAUCUGUUCGUCAGGUGGCAAUGUUAUGCUUGGUUGCCUCCACGGUGCUGUUGAAGGGGAGUAGUCUGUGUGUCGGCAUUGGGCUUCACACUAUAUGCUCACCUACAGUUACACAUGCGACAAUACCACAUAUUCUCAAAGGAGGAGGCCAUUGUCCACAACAAGAGCUCUAUCCAAGACAGCAUCCGAACCUACCCCUUCAGGUCUCCUGGAUGAGCAUACCAAAACUUUACUUUUAAAAUGGUAAUCAGAGAGUAUGACUGUGCCCUUCCUGUGAGGUAUACUGAAUAAGACGCCUAUCCCCACCUUCUUCUUAAACACACUUACUUUGAAAUUACAUAUCACACCACUGACUUGAGGGUUAGAGCUCUGCAACACCUAUCUGUUAUUGUUCGCCACUAUCUCCAUUACACAUGUGAAAUAAGGGAAGUAGGUGCUUUUGUUACUAAAUGAUUUUUACUGAUGGGCCAACCAAAAUAGAUUUAAAAAUCAACACUAUUUACUUAGAAGAACAGUGGCAUCCUAAAAUGGUACAUAAGAAGAAAGCACUUCAUCAGCUACCCUUGUGCCUGGCACCAAAGAAGACAGACCCAAACCAAUGCAAAUAAUCCCUGGCAUGUGUCCAGUUUGGCAUAAAUUUUUGUAUCUUGGGAGCCCUGGACAAAUUAAGGUACUGCUAACUACAAUCUAGAUUCUCCCACAUGGGUCUUAUAUAUUAAUUCACGUCUCGUAAAACCUCACCAAAUAUUGAGCACUUUCAGCAGAAAAUUAUUUUUUGCAAUCCAGCAGCUAUCACCGAUUUAAGUACUAUCAUCAGAAAGAGGCAGACAGUAAGUGGUAGCUCGUCAAAGACUUGUGUGUUAAGACAAGUUAUGAAGCAGUGUGGACUGAGGGCUGGUAUUACAUCAGUUGCUGAAAUUCUUCACUGACAGUGCUGUCUGUGUAGUACAUUGUGAUAGAACUCCAGGAUAGUAUAGCAGCUUCCCUAGGGCUCAUGAAACUAGCUCCAAAGUAACUAGCAGCUUUGUAUUUUUUUCUGCUGAGCACUCCUAUACAGAGACUUCUGUCGAGUGCCCCAUCACAGUGCCUUCUUCCCUAAAGACCAGAAGCGAUGAGCAAUUACUAUUUAGAAUAAAUCUUUGUCUCUAAGUACUUGUGGAGCGUAAUAAAUUUCAUUCAUGCACUUUGCCAUGCCUCCUUCUUUGCAACUCUUCUACUUCUAAAAUGUAAAAAUGCUGCAUACUAAUUUUGCAUUCCCCAAGUGUCCAACAAAAGAAGUAUCCUCGCAGGAGAACUGUGCCAUGAACUUAAGGAUUCAGCAGAAGUAUUAAUGUGCAAGUAUUCUGUAAGACAUAAGGUGUGGAACCCAACCUGUAAUGUCAGCCAGAAACCUCACCACAUUCACCUCCAGUGAGAAGUGCCAUAAUGUCAGCUGUGUUGGCUCUCAAUGCCCCUGUUCAUAUCAGGGUGGUUGUUAUCAUAGUGGAGGAUUAUUUACCCCUCAGGGCAUAUAUUGUGAAAUGCACGGCAGAACUUCAAAGAAAAUUGAUCAGAUACGGCCCUCCGCAUCCCAGAAAACUGUGGCCCAUAGGUUUCUCAGUGGCAAAUCCAAAUUCAAAACUCUGACAUUUAGUUUCAGGCUCGUGAAUAGGGAAGCAGCUUUCAUUGCCUGUCAUCGUAGCUGUCAAGAAAUCAUCCCUUUCAUUUCAAAGUCUCUGAAGAAGGCAUUGGAUGUGAUUGUUAUUUGAAUUUUGUGGUCUUUAAACAUAAAUUACUAAUUUUUUAUUACUCGAGUUUUGAAUCGCUUUCUGCAUUACACUGUCAUACUACAAGUUGAUUCGCAGUAACACACCUGUCUUCUCCAGUGAACUCACUCUUUCCUCGCUGCGUACUGUGGAGGCGGCGCAAAGGAUACUCGAGUUUACACCUUCUGAUAUUGUCAGCACCUCUGCAUAUAUCUCCUUACGCAAAUGGAAGUCUGUGAUGAGUUUCGUCAACAUGUUUUCCUUCGAGGAACACGUUUCAAGGAAUUCAGUGAUAGCAUACUGUUAAAACAAAUCAUCAAUGUUGUUCGUUCUGAAAUUACAGCCUGUGAUCUCACAAUAUAAGUUAUGAUGCCAGAAUGUGCCAACACACAGCAUAAAGUCCGUAGAUUAUGAUAGUGAAUUCUCUUUUAUUGGAAUUGCAGUUGUAACAAAGGGUUGCUCAUGACUUUCAGUAUGACCCCCAAUAUGUUGUACUUCACAAGGAGUUCAUAACAGUAAAUGUGUGUAUAUCCUUUCACCCUCCUCCUCCCACCCACCCCGCCCCCCUACCCCCCACCCCCAAAAUAAAUAAAAAAUAAAAAAAUCCUUCUAGAACAUUCACUGUUUCUCCUGGGACACAUUGUAUCAUCUAUUGAAGAUAAUUUUGAUACCCAGCGCUAAGCUUUAACAAUGUGCAUUGCACUGAUCGAUUAAGCUGUGGUUUCAUAACAAUUCAUAUAAAGUGUGCCCCAUAUGAGUGAGUUCCAGACAAUGUGAGAACACAUUUAAAGAACCUCUUCCUUUUAUCUGCUGUUGUGUACCAUACACACUUGAAGAUAAUCAUUAUUGUCAUAUUUUUUGAACCUCGUUCGUCAAUAGUAGUGACGAUCUGUUAGGAUGAACAAUUUUCCCACACUUUGCUUUGUAAAACCAAGAACAUCUACAUUAGAGCUUCUAGCAGGGAAAUUCGCCAGUUAUCAGUAUCAAAUAAAUACAAUAUUUGAGAAAUUGUUCAUCAAAGCAUUGUUACAUCAGUGCAUAAUGUGGAGAAACACCAGAGAGAGAGAGAGAGAGAAUGGAAAAAUGAUUUUGUCUUAUCUAAUGCAACAUGUCAGCACACAUUGGCUUCAAUUGCAGAAAUGAACCAAUGAGGAUUGUUUGGUGACUAAUACCUACCAUCCGAUGGGAAAACGGUUGACUAUUUGAAAAAUGGCCCUUGUGCUCAGUGCAACAGUACAUUGUAUCUGGUCAAAUGACGCAAAGGUUGAAUCUAUUGCACAGUGUCAUUGUUGGACAGGUUCCAUAUAGUUCUUUUCCAACCAUUUGAAAUUGUAAUGAAAUGGCAGCUGAUUACUGCACUGCUGCCUGAUGUUUGAAGGUAAAGCAUUCAAGGCAUGUUUGUAUAUUAAAAAAUGUUUGUGCUCAGUCAAACUGAGCUCUUGGAAUGUUCAGAGACCAAGGAAAAAUUGCUAUUGCAUUACUUUCAUUGCUGUCCUUUGGCAAGCAUUGUUCAGAAAGAAACACAACAUUUUAGUGUUGAGGUUCCAUCCUGGAGCAGUGGAAAAGUGUUUAGCACAAUUUUCAGUACUUGCAGUAUUCACACUUUCAUAUGUAAUAAGUUGGACAGUAUCCUUUAGUGUUUAACUAAUUUAAUCGCCUUUUGUUAAGUCCAGACUUCAAGUUUUGACAGAUUGUGAUAAAAUAAAUAAUUUGUAUAGCUUUAUAAAGAGAAUUAUUAAUGUGAUAAAAAUACAAAAAUAGUGCACAUAUUAGACACCUCUCUUUAGAAGAGAGAACUCUUAAAUCUCUUUGCAAUUGUAAUUUGAAUUAGUAACGAAUGGGGAGAGAGAGAGAGAGACAGGUGUUUAAAAUAUUAAAUUUGUGUGACUUGUGGAUUAUGCUUUUCCAAGACAGGAAAGUAUGAUUGUGCUAGUCAAAGAGUCUUUCGAUCAGUGUGGUGGUUUAGAUGCCAAUGUAGACGUGAAGAAACUGUGCCAGUUUUAUUGUUGUAAAUAAAAGUUGGUAUAAAUUGUAUAUUUCUUCAGAAAUAGCAGAUAACAUAUAAGAAAGUAAAUGUUGGAAUGAAAUUAACAUAUUCAAAUUUUAAAGAGUAAGAAAUGAGUAUGUUAAUAUUUUUCAAAUCUGAUGCUAAAUCAUCAGCUUUUAUUUAAUAUGUUCAAUUUUAUGAACACCUUAUAUAGAGUUAGCACACAACUCACAUCCUUGUAGUAUACAGUAAAGCUAAGUUCAAUAGUGAAUUAUGUGAUGGUGAUGGGUAGAUACCUAGUGCUGCUCUCACUGUAUGUUGUCAUGUGAUAAUCAGCUUUUUUCCAUACUCUUGUUACAUUAAUUGUAGACUAACAAAUAUUCUAGUCUGUCUGUGAAGUCUUUGUUAUUGUUGUUAGUUACCAUAAAAAUAAAAUAAAAAAUUACAAAUAAAGUCAUA